GUCUAACCGUGCCCAUUUGAUCCCAAAGUAUGGAAAAUUUGAAAAAAUCACAAUUUUUACUAAUUUUUUUCGUUUCUUAUUUUUUUGUUCGAAUCUUAUAUUUAUUGAUGUGAUGCGAUUUUAAUUAAUGAUCUUGUUUACUUUAUUGCGGUAUGGCCCAAUUUAUAUCGCGAAAGCCACCUGACAAAAGGCGCUUUCAGCACACAUAACUGAUUAGUGAUACGUGGAAAAUAUGUCACCGUCAGUUGAGUAAUAGAAAUUGUGUUUUAUGAACGGUGUGUUGAGCCAGUUGCUAAAUGAAAUAGUUAUUUUUAAAUUUUAUGCAAAGGAACUUUUUAAAUAAUUUUUCACACUUCACUAUAAUAAUAAAAAUAAAAAUUUGUUUCAUAAUCAACACUUUAGUGAUCACUUAACAAUUCAUCAACUGUUGUGUUCGCUGAAUACGCUAAAAGUUUUGAAUUUUUACUCGACAUUUGAAUUAGUAGGCUUUGAUAUUGCAUUUUUAUUCAGUUUCAGUUGUCUUAUGCGUUUAAUAGUACAAAAGUAAUUAGUUAGUGAAAAAAUUAGUUCGAAAUCAUUAUCAGGCAUUCGGAAAAAAAUAUUACGUUCUGAGCAAAAAAUAUUUCUUGUGGGUGAAUGUGAAAGUGUGAUUUUGGGGGCCAAGUUGCCAGCAAUGAAACAGGUGCUCCAAUUAUUGUUUUACAAAAUGAGGCACGAAAACUUGACUUUCGAAAGCAGUAUGAAAUACACUAUUGGUGCCACGAUUGAAUUUUGGGAAAAAGCUAAAAUUCCCACGGCGCAAUAAAAAAAUUGUAUUAAAAAACUUAAACAUCUUUACGAGGAAUGGAGAAAUUUACAAAAACAUUCCAGGACUCCUAACGAGAAGUGUCGUAAAAAUGAAGCAGAGUUUAAGGAUAAAAUUGAAAACUUCAUAUUUGACAUUGCAGCCAUGGAUGCCCUAGGUAUAAUGAAAAUGCACGAAGAUAAAGACUUUCUUUUGCUCCAAAGAAAUAGAGGACGCCCAGGUAGUAUGUAUAGUACGGUGCCGAUACUGUACUCACAAGAAAAGAAAAACGCAAAGAGCAACGAAUGGAAGAAUAAAGAAAGCGCGUUGAAAAGCAUUUAGUUCAUCGUAAGUUUAUUAAAGUUAAGCUUUACUGGCUCUUUUUUUUAAUAUUUGAUCCCAUUUGAAGCUAAUUAUGCUCUUGAAGUCUCUGAUACCGAGGACGCUGAAAAGGAUAUUUCAGCUGGCGAAGAAAAUGCAGCAAAAGAUAUGAAUGAAGGCCGAAAAAGGCAAAUCGAGGAAAAAUUAAUUAUAUUGAUGAUAGAAUGCUUGCAUGCAUGGAAAAAUGUAACUCUCAACAAGAGAUACCAUGCAUUUGGUGAGUGCAACGGUUGCUGCCUUCAUAAAUACCAUGCAAAGUGUUAAUGGAACGCCGUCAAUAAAAAUGGAAGAUUUAAUUCUUAAUCGAACAACAUUACAUUCGAUGAGGAGAGAUUAUCGUCGCAUACAAGCUCAAGAGAUUAUUAAUGGAUUCAAUAUUCCUGACGUUUUUGUCCUUCACUGGGAUGGCAAGCUGCUUGCAGAAAUCCGAGGCACAGAAAAGAAAGAUCGAUUGUCUCUCGUUGUCACAGGAGGAAAUAUGGAAAAACUGCUGGGGAUACCAAAAAUUGAAAGUUCAACGGGAGAUGCAAUAGCUGCAAUAAUACAUAAUUUUUUGUGCAAGUGGAAGCUCGAUGAUUUAGUGGAAAUUGUAUCAUUUGAUACAACAGCUGCUAACACGGGAGUUAAUAAUGGAGCAGCGUUCUUGCUUGAAAAAAGGUUGGGCCGAAAUCUACUUUUCUUUCCCUGUCGUCACCAUGUUAGUGAGUUGCUAGUCAAAGCAGUGUUCGAACUAAAUUUUGGCAAAUCAUCAGCACAGGAAGUUCCCUUAUUCAAUCGUUUCUUUAACAGCUGGAAAAACAUUAAUUCUAAGUCAUUCUAAAGUGGAAUAUCGGAAAAUGGAGUUCGGAAAGUCUUUACAAUAGCUGAAGUGGAAAUUUUUAAGAAUUUUUGUCUAACUGCAUUAAAUAGUCACCACACUCGUGCCGAUUAUAAAGAAUUACUACAACUCGUUGCUCUUUGUUGGGGAAGACGUACCAAAUUUUUCACAAGUACGGUCACCUGGUGCAACAUCACACGCAAGGUUUAUGUCGAAGUGCCUAUAUUGCUACAAAAUGUUUCUGUUUCGCGAGCAAUUCGUGUUAACGACUUCAGAAAUAAAGAGUCUAAGAAGCGUUUGUAUUUUUUUAACCUGCAUCUACGUUCCAUAUUGGUUUCGUUGUGUGGAUCCAAUAGCUGCUCCACAAAAUGACCUUAAGCUCAUUCAAGAUGUGAUUGUAUAUUUCGAUAAGAAUGUAUCCAAUGCCUUGUUACAUAAAAUUAAAAAUCAUUUAUGGUAUUUGUCGGAAGAGGCGGUUGGCCUUUCAUUUUUUGUUGAUCAAAUUCC